UUUUAAUUUGUCUGAUUGAUAUAGUUUAGCAAAAAUGUCUCCAUAUAUAACUCAACAAAGUGAAGAUGAACUUGGUGCGAAAUAUGACAGAUGUAUUAGCGAUACCCUACUAAAAACUGCAUCGGGAAUUGGAAUUGGUGUUUUUUUUUCACUUGCAUUAUUUCAACGUAAAAUAUGGCCUGUUGCAUUUGGCAGUGGAAUGGGUCUUGGAAUGGCGUUUUCGAAUUGUCAACAAGAAUUCAGAAGCAUAUAUCCAGUCUCAAAUAGUACAAAGAAACUGUCAGAACAAUUAAAUACAACAUCAAGUGAACAAAAUACGAACUAAGUGAACACUGACAAAAUAAAUUAUGAAAAAAAAACAAUGAAAAAUACUGUUUUGUAAUCAACACUUCUGUUUUUGUCAAUGAAGUAAUGUUAAUCUUGUAAAAUGAAAUAGUGUCAUUGUACAUGGUCGGUUGUAGCUUAUUAACUUUUAAAAAGAAAGUACAAGGAACAAAGUAUUUUUUUGUA